AUGUCUGCCGUUGAAGACUCAUUGUACAAGCCCUACGAUCAGUUCGUUCUCUUCGGAGACUCGAUCACCCAGAUGUCCUCUAACCAGGACCAGGGAUUCGGAUUCCAGCCCGCGCUACAAGAUGCGUACUCGAGAGCCCUUGAUGUGAUUAACCGCGGAUUUGGCGGGUAUACUACUGCGCAUGCAGUCAAGGUGUUUCCGAAGUUCUUCCCAACCCCUGAGACAGCCACAGUUCGGUUUUUGACAAUCUGGUUCGGGGCCAACGACGCCUCCCUCCUCGAAUCCGACAACAAGCAGCACGUCCCAUUGGAUGUAUACAAGAAGAAUCUGGUGUCAUUAGUCCAACACCCCGCAACAGUUGCCCAGCAGCCGCGCAUCAUCAUCAUUACUCCGACUCCGGUCAACGAGUACCAGCUGCAAAGCUUCGACGAGGAUAAGGGCAAUGUCCAUCCCACGCGGAAAAAUAGCCGUGCUCGGGAGUAUGCGCAGGCUGCGCGCGAGGUUGCCGAGUCUUUGAAUAUUCCAGUGGUCGAUCUCUGGACAGCCUUUAUGACGGCCGUUGGUUGGAAGGAGGGGGACCCUCUUAUCGGGUCUAGAGAGGGGCCGAAUGAUGAAAAGUUUGCGAGUUUAUUCACGGACGGCUUGCAUCUCACGGCAGACGGUUAUCGGAUCGUAUACAACGAGGUUGUUGGGGCGAUCGAAGCAAAUUGGCCGGACCAGGCGCCGGGGAAGCUUCCCUAUGUGCACCCGGCCUGGAUGGAGGCUCCGAAAUGA